GUAAAAAUAGAGGGAAAACUAUAGUGAGAAAAAGACAAACUGUGAUAUCAAUGGAAGAAAAGCCCUAAAAACCUAUUUUUUCACUCUAGAUUUUGCAUCUGAGGAGCUGCUUUACUUCCGCAAUCAAUUCAUCACUCAUUAUUAUUAUUAUUAUUAUUUGGAUUCUUUCUUAGUUCAAUCAUGGGUUCAGAUGCGGAUAUGGAGGAUUAUGGAUUUGAAUACUCAGACGAUGAGCCUGAGGAACAAGAUGUUGAUAUUGAGAACCAAUAUUACAAUUCCAAAGGUAUGGUUGAAACAGAUCCAGAAGGAGCACUUGCAGGUUUUGCUGAAGUUGUCAACAUGGAGCCAGAGAAGGCAGAGUGGGGUUUUAAAGCACUAAAACAAACGGUAAAGCUUUAUUACCGUUUGGGUAAGUAUAAAGAAAUGAUGGAUUCAUACAGAGAGAUGCUUACAUACAUUAAAUCAGCAGUCACACGCAAUUACAGUGAGAAAUGUAUAAACAACAUCAUGGACUUUGUUUCCGGAUCAGCUAGUCAGAACUUUGGCCUCCUACAAGAGUUUUAUCAAACCACCCUAAAGGCCCUUGAAGAGGCAAAGAAUGAGAGACUUUGGUUCAAGACAAAUCUUAAGCUUUGCAAAAUAUGGUUUGAUAUGGGUGAAUAUGGGCGAAUGAGCAAGAUUCUGAAAGAACUCCAUAAAUCUUGUCAACGAGAAGAUGGUACAGAUGAUCAAAAGAAAGGGAGUCAACUUUUGGAAGUAUAUGCAAUUGAGAUUCAAAUGUACACUGAGACCAAGAACAACAAAAAGCUCAAGCAAUUGUACCAAAAAGCACUUGCGAUCAAGUCAGCAAUCCCACAUCCAAGGAUAAUGGGGAUAAUUAGAGAAUGUGGUGGAAAGAUGCAUAUGGCAGAGCGUCAAUGGGCUGAGGCUGCAACAGAUUUCUUUGAAGCUUUUAAAAACUAUGAUGAAGCUGGAAAUCACAGACGCAUACAAUGCUUAAAAUACUUGGUUCUGGCUAAUAUGCUGAUGGAAUCUGAAGUGAAUCCAUUUGACGGUCAAGAGGCAAAGCCAUAUAAGAAUGAUCCUGAGAUUCUGGCAAUGACAAACCUAAUAGCAGCAUAUCAACGAAACGAGAUAUUGGAGUUUGAGAAAAUCCUUAAGAGUAACAGAAGGACAAUAAUGGACGAUCCAUUCAUACGGAAUUACAUUGAAGAUCUAUUGAAGAAUGUUAGAACACAAGUGCUGCUUAAGCUGAUAAAACCAUAUACGAGAAUUCGGAUUCCUUUCAUAUCAAAGGAACUUAAUGUCCCAGAAAAAGAUGUUGAGCAGCUGUUGGUUUCACUGAUAUUGGAUAAUCGUAUUGACGGGCAUAUUGAUCAAGUGAACAGGCUUUUAGAGCGCGGCGACAGGUCCAAGGGAAUGAAGAAGUAUACCGCCAUCGAUAAAUGGAACACACAGCUAAGGUCACUCUAUCAAACUAUUAGCAAUCGUGUGUACUGACAUUAUUCUACUAUAUAGUAGUAUGUUUUUUCAGUGUUUUUUGGGCGGGAUCAACAACAAAACUUGAUUAAUUCCAGUGUGAGACUCCAAUGUCAUAGAAGCUACCGCUAGAUAUUACUAUAAUUUAGAUCAAGAAAAGUCGUGUUUCCAUAGUAAAUGCAUUUUGAAGGGGAAAAUGAGGGUAGAGAAUGUAUAAUCCAUAUCAACAAAUAAUUUUGAUACUGAGAAAAGUUUGAUUCAACGACAUAUUGGCCAAUCA